AUGGGGUGCGGAUUACUUGCACGGGGGUGGAGACGUUUAUUUAGGCUUCAAGAGCAUACGUAUGUGGAGCUAUGUGUGGAAUUUUCGCUUCCGCCCAUUUCGAAAAAUGGGACGAAGGAGAUUACUCUUACUAAGCUUGCAUGGAGGCUGGAUCCGUACAAUCGAUUAGAUGUACUGGUAGAUGAUGAGGUUAACGUUCCAAGGGAUCAUCGGAAUGUGACGCCGAGGGUGGAGGAUUACGAGCCUAGAGGGUAUUCUAUGGAGGAUAUGAUUCAUUACAUGUCGAUGGUCCCCUCGGCUGGAGCUCGUAGACGUUAUACUUACAUUCCUUCUUGGGAGGAGAAAUUGGUUGAGUGUGGAGGUGGUACGGGAAUGAGUGGUGCAAAUCAGGAUGGAGCUGACGAGGACGAUUGA